UUGCUGCUGCUGGGAACUUGUUACAAUAGCUGGCAAAAUGGUUUUGGUAACAAUCACUCUGCUUGUGCUGGCGGCGUCUCUGGGCUAUAUGUUCCUCAUCUGGAACUAUAGCUACUGGCGCAAGCGGAAUGUGCCUGGUCCCAGGCCGGCAAUACUUAUCGGAAACUAUCCCAACAUGAUCAACAUGAAGCAACACGCUGUACAAGAUAUUAAUGCGAUAUAUAGUAAAUACAAGCAACAAUAUGAUGCAGUUGGCAUUUAUAUGUCACGUUCUCCUCAACUGUUGGUUGUAAGCCCGGAGCUGGCGCAUCGUGUAUUCGUUUCGGACUUUAAGCAUUUCCACGACAACCAGCUGGCCAGCCUGGUAGAUGAGAAGUCCGACUUUAUAGUUGGUAGCAAUAUAUUCAUGCUCGCCGGUGACAUUUGGAAAGGGCGCCGCGCCGAUAUAACGCCCGGACUAACCAUAAGUCGCAUUAAAUCGGUUUACCCAGUGACCAAUCAGGUGUGCAAGAAGAUGAACGAAUUCAUUCGCAAACAAAUCCGCAUUGGAGCACCGGAUGGCUUGAACGGCCAGGAUAUCAGCCUCUGCUUCACCACCGAAAUGGUCACCGACUGCGUGCUCGGCCUCAGCGCCCAGAGCUUUACCGACAAUCCGACGCCCGUGAUGGGUAAAAUAAAGGCUAUGUUCCAAACGUCCUGGGCCCUUGUGCUCAACAUGGUUGCAAUAGCCUUGAUACCCUCAUUGAGUAAAAUCAAAAAGCUACGUGUUGUGCCCAAACACGUCGAGGCAUUCUUCGUGGACUUCAUGCAGGUGGCGAUUGAUACGCGCCAUGCCCAACAGGCAGCUGGACUGCAAACGGAUCGCGUCGACUUUCUGGACUACAUUCUGCAGUUGGCCAAAAAGCGGAACCUAAGCACACGACAGAUAACUGUAAUGUCGAUGACCUUCCUGCUGGACGGCUUUGAGACAACGGCCUCUGUUCUGGCCCAUACUCUGCUGCUUCUGGGACGGAAUGCCAAGGCGCAGCAGCGGCUGCGCGAGGAGCUGCAGGCACAUCUGAACGAUGAGGGCUUUGUUGCUUUCGAUAAACUUAUCGAGCUACCCUACCUGGAUGCCUGUGUGCAUGAGACCCUUCGACUCUUCCCCCCGCUGCCGAUAUCCAACAAACUGUGUACUCGAAACAUCGAGGUGUCCAAUCGAAACGGACCUAACUUCACCAUAGAGAAGGGCACCACAGUCCUUGUACCACAUUCCUGCUUUAUGCAAGACGAUGAUUACUUCCCCAAUGCCCAGGAGUAUCAACCCGAACGCUUUCUGGAGCCCAAUGCGAUUAAAAUGUAUCGCGAUCGCGGCGUCUUCAUGGCAUUCGGCAAUGGUCCUCGCAUCUGCAUAGGUAUGCGCUUUGCUCUGGCACAGAUUAAGGCAGCCCUCGUCGAAAUUAUAAACAACUUUGAUGUAAAAGUCAAUCCAAAGACUCGCAACGAUAACAUGUACGAUCCAUUUGGAAUGAUUUCUUCCCUCAAAGGGGGCAUUUGGCUGGAUUUCACUGCUCGUCAAUAGGCGGGAUAUUCAGGUCGAACUGUGGUUCCACAUUAAACGUAAAUAAACAACAGAAAAUAGGUCCGACUAGGGGAUACCCUCAACCUUCUUCUCCCAACACCAAAUGCAGCUAUUGCUAUGCGCUCGUUAGCCCCAGAUUAACAAUUUUGUUUACCCAUUUAAUACUUAAAGGAAUAU